CAGAUUGAAUUUGUAAUAAAAUAUGUAAAAAAAAAUUCUCAAGAUGAAAAAUAAUAAAUACAAACACAAAAGUGGUCUGUUUAGUAAGCCUGUUGUAAUGACGUGUGCAGCAGACGUAAAGGUGUUAAAUGAGCUGAUGUCUUUGUGAACUUGCAUAACAGAAGGCUGAGCAGGCUGAGGGGAGGAGCAGGUCUGAGUGAGGACAGAGCCUGUAAAACACGUUCAGCAGAAGCCUCCAAUCCAGUCUGCGUCUGAACCCUGCAGCAGCUGUGACACACACACACACACACACACACACACACACACACAUCACUGUUCUGUCAUCAGGAAACAUUUUUUUAGUUUGUUUUUAUCCGAGCGGGGAUGGAUGCUGCUGGAAGUACCGAGAGAAGUGAGGCGCUGAGCCGGCUGGCGAGGAGCAGCCACACGGCGUUCAUAGACGACAACACGAUGUAUGUGUGGGGAGGAUACCAGGUUAUUGCAGGAGAGGACGUCAUCCUGCCGAGCGAUGAGAUAUGGCUCUGUAAUUUAAACAGCGGCGCGUGGGAGCGGAGGGAGAUCACCGGAGACACACCUCCAGACUUAUCAGACUUCUGCGGCUCUCAUCUUAACGGCAUACUCUACGUCUUCGGAGGAUGUGACCCCAACGGAUACACGAACCAGAUGUACACCCUUGACCUCGCAGAGCAGCAGUUCAAGUGGAGGAAACUGACCGACACCUUAGGAACGACGCCAUCGCCCAGGAACAAACAUUCCUGCUGGAUCCACAGAGACAGAUUAAUCUACUUUGGAGGAUAUGGAUGUAAGACUAUAGGGGAGGUACAAAACACAUCAUCGACAAACUUCAUUGUGGAGGAGAUGUCCUGGACAACAAUUGGAAACACGUUGUUCAGGUGUUGGGGCUGGAACAAUGAAGUCAACGUUUUUGACACACAUACCGCAACGUGGAGCAUGCCAGAGACAAAGGGUCCUGUUCCUGUCCCCAGAGGCUGCCAUGCCAGUGCCUUAGUAGGGAACAAGGGUUACAUCUGUGGCGGUGUGGAGAAGUUGGAGUUGGACAUGUUCUGCUUGGACCUGGAGACCUGGACCUGGACUCAAUUUGACCUCCCACCAUCCUGUUUACCUAUGGGUCGCCUUAUGCACACCAUGACGCCCGUUUCGGAUCACACGCUCUUCAUAUACGGAGGUCUUGGCACGGACGGAAACACUCUUAAUGACGCUUGGCAGUUUAACACGCAGAAGAGAGAGUGGACCAAGUUGUUACACCAACACAAGGACAAGCCCAGGGUUUGUCACACGGCGUGCCUGGGGAGGGACAAUGAUGUGGUUUUGUUCGGGGGAAGCAGCAACAUGUGCAUCCUUGUAGAUUCGGUCGCUGUUCUGAGGUCGCCAUCGCAAAAUCACUGCAAAGACGUGAUCGUCUUCCAGACUCAGCCGUACUCCCUCUUCAGAUUGUGUGAGGACUCUAUGGGGAAAAACCCGGAGCGGUUUGUGAAGCAGCUGAACUGGCUGCCGUCAAAGCUGCGCAGCAAAGUGGAGAAGCGAGUUGCCUUCUUCUCGGCGACCCCUCCGGUUCUCACAGCCUGAAGGGGGACACGUCUCUCUCUCUUUUAGAUUCUUCUGAGCCGGUCAAAUAUCACUGAAUUGUUUCCAUUCUUUGUGUUGGGAAUCUGUGUUUUUGUGUCUCAUGGUUUAAGAAAGAAAAAAGGUGCUAAUGUUGAAUUAUUUUAACUUAAAAAUUAUCUGUAAAUAAAGUUGUGUUUUUUUUUUUUUUGCCUUAUUUUUAAAGACUAGUUUAGAUUAGGGAUGAUUUUACUCUUUAUAGUUAUUUGAUCAUGUGCAAUCUGUUCUUGAAUAAAGGUGUGGAUAUUUUGCACGUAAACUUUGUUGUCAUUUCCUAAAAUAAGAAUGCAUCGUCUUGAUCUUAAAAUAAAACACAAUACAAAGUUUGA